AUGCGUCAUGUCAAUAAUCUUAAAAAGGUUCAGGAGAAUACAAGAAAAAAGAGAUUUGAUGACCUAAUUAUAUAUAGGAAAGAAAAAAAGUUAUACUCGAGGUUAUCAGAUACUUUUUAUAAGAGAGUAUUACAUCUUAAUGAGAAUAACUUAUCUUUACCACUAGUAUCUGAUAAUCCACAACUAUCAAUACCUAGAGUUCUGAUUGAGACUGAUGAUAUAGCUUCUGAUUCAAUGGUUAGUAAUAAAGAGACUAGUGGAUAUUCCGCAAAAAAACACCGCACUUUAAGAGAGAUUACCCAGAAACAAUUGAGAUUGAAAGAAACAAUUGAAAAUAGAUUCAAUAAUGUUAUUGAUACUAUUACAAGUUUAAAAGAACAACAAUCAGCUCUUAGCGAGAUAGACCAAAAGGAAAAAAAAAUUGAACCUUUCUUUAAAGGGUCGGUUAAACAACUUUCUUAUAAAUUGUUUCACAAUCAUAAAACAGUGUCAGACGAAGAAAUAAAAGAAAUGCUCAAGGGGUUUUAG